CUUCCAUUUUUCAACUUUAAAUUAUCAUUCAAUUGAGCUCAUUUAUGUAAAAACAUAGCCAUGCCUACCGAAAAUCUCGUGUUUGUCGUGUUCUUCAUGUUAGUCACAGGAAGGGGAGCUGUUGGAGACUCACUCGAUACCGACAAAGAAGUACUACUCGGUUUUAGAUCAUUUAUGGAACAAGGGAAUAAGGUGAAUCAAGGAGACUACAACCGAUGGGACUUGCAAGCGCGGUCGCCUUGCAAUUGGCUGGGAAUAUCCUGUUCUGGAAACCGAGUUGUCGGGAUUAACCUCGCCAACAACAAUAUCGCGGGAAACAUAUUCGGUAACUUCUCGGCCUUGACGGAGCUUGCCUAUCUUGACUUAUCAGCGAACCGCAUCUCGGGCAGCCUCCCGGGGAACUUGGGUAACUGUCAAAACCUUAAAGUGUUGAAUCUAUCACACAAUAUGAUUGAUGGUGAGCUUAACUUGAUCGGACUCGACAGUCUGGAAGUUCUCGACUUAUCUACUAACAGACUCUCCGGCGAGAUUUCUGUUGGCUUACCGAUGAUUUGCAAUAGUCUAGUGGUGGCUAACCUCUCGGCGAAUAACUUUUCUGGAGAAAUCGGACGCUCGAUUGAAGCGUGUAUGAAGUUGGAGUACGUUGAUUUGAGCGCGAACUUAUUGACCGGAAACCUGUGGUUUGGGUUUCACAUGUUCAAGGAGUUCACCGUGUGCGAAAACCGGUUAAACGACACACUCCCAGGGUGGAUUUUUCCUGAAAACUGCAGCUUAGAGUCACUAGACCUGUCGGAAAACGGACUCACCGGAGAAAUCCCGAAGGAGAUUUCAAACUGCAAGAACUUAACCACCUUGAACCUGUGGGGAAACUUUUUUUCCGGGAAAAUACCCGGAGAACUUGGAUCGAUUCCGAAUCUUCAAAAGCUGUUUUUAGGCAACAACUCACUUACGAACGAACUUCCUGAUUCGUUACUUGAAUUACAAAACUUGAAGUUCUUGGAUCUAAGCCGGAACCAUAUGGGGGGCGAUAUACCAGAGAUUUUCGGACGGCUCACACAAGUGAGGACUCUACUUCUGCAUUCGAACAACUACACCGGCGGGUUACUGUCAUCGGGGAUACUCCGGUUGCAGAAUGUUUCAACUCUAGACUUGAGUUACAACAAUUUGUCCGGUUUAUUGCCGGUCGAAAUCUCUCGUAUGGCAAGUUUGAAGUUCUUAUUUCUUGCAAGCAAUCAAUUCUCCGGCAGCAUACCUUCAGAAUACGGUAACAUGCCAGGACUCCAAGCUCUUGAUGUUUCUAACAAUCGAUUAACCGGAUCCAUCCCUCCAAGUUUAGGACAGUUGAAAAAUCUCUUAUGGUUAAUGCUCGGAAACAACUCGAUAACCGGUGAAAUCCCACCGGAAUUAGGGAACUGUAGCAGUUUGCUGUGGCUGAAUUUUCAAAACAAUCAACUUUCCGGUCCAAUUCCAUAUGAGUUGGCGAACAUAGGGAAGAAUACGACACCGUCUUUCAUAUUAAACCGAGAAGAUGAUCUGAUUGCCGAUUCUGGAGAGUGCUCGACGCUAAGAAGAUGGAUACCGGCUGAUUAUCAACCGUUUACUUUCGUGUAUACGCUUCUUAACAUGAAGAAAUGUAGAACCUUAUGGGAUAAAUUACUUAAAGGAUACGGGAUUUUCUCCGUUUGCCUACCAGAAUCCAACGUACGAGUACAGAAGAUAUCGGGAUACAUUCAACUCAGCGAGAAUCGAUUAUCGGGGCAGAUACCGCCAGGUAUCGGCAACAUGGAUGACUACAGCAUGUUGCACUUGGGUGGAAACGAACUUUCCGGUGCACUUCCUGAUAAUAUCGGUAACAUGGCGCUCGUUGUGUUAAAUGUUUCUCAGAACAGAUUCUCGGGUCGAGUUCCGAUGCAGCUCGGGAAUCUGAAAUGUUUGCGGAAUCUUGAUUUAUCAUACAACAAUUUCUCUGGUACGUUUCCGACGAACUUGAACAAUUUGACAGAUUUGAGCAGCUUCAAUGUCUCCUACAACCCGUAUAUCUCUGGCUACAUUCCCGACACAGGACAGUUAGCCACUUUUGAGAUAUGGUCGUUCCUCGGUGACCCGUUGUUACGUCUGCCUUCUUUUAUAAACAACUCAACAAACGGUUCAACUACAACCAGUAGCGGCAGAACAACACCACAAUCAAAAUGGGGGGCGCUUUUCAUUUUCGUCUUUCUAUCGUUCGCAUUCAUGGUGUGUGGAAUAAUGACGCUCGUUAUCUGCCUAUCAACCAAGACCACCACGAAUCAACCACGCGUUCUGUUGUCAGGUGGCUAUGGAAACUCUUCACCAUGGUUAUCGGACGAGGUGAAGGUAAUCCGUUUGGACAAAACCGCAUUCACGCAUGCUGAUAUUUUGACCGCCACCGGGAACUUUUCAAAUGAUAGAAUCAUCGGACGGGGUGGUUACGGGACGGUUUAUAGAGGAGUAUUGCCGGAUGGGAGAGUAGUUGCGGUGAAAAAGAAGUUACGAGAGGGUUUAGAAGGGGAAAAAGAGUUUAAAGCUGAAAUGGAAGUAUUAACCGGAAACGGGUUCGGGUGGCCCCAUCCGAACCUGGUUACGCUUUACGGGUGGUGCUUAGAUGGAGCGGAAAAGCUUUUGGUUUACGAGUACAUGGAGGGGGGCACUUUAGAAGAUCUAAUUCACGACCGUAUUCGGUUCCCAUGGAGGAGAAGAAUUAACGUCGCCAUUGACGUAGCACACGCGUUGGUUUUCUUACACCACGAGUGUCACCCUCCGAUAGUGCACCGUGACGUAAAAGCUAGCAACGUGUUACUAGACAAAAAGGGGACGGCCCGUGUAACGGAUUUUGGGCUGGCACGGAUUGUUGAAGGUGGUGGAAGCCAUGUCAGCACGAUGGUGGCGGGGACGAUCGGGUAUGUGGCACCGGAGUAUGGCCACACGUGUAAAGCGACCACAAAAGGUGAUGUGUAUAGCUACGGUGUGUUGGUGAUGGAGCUUGCUACAGGGAGGCGUGCAGUGGAUGGGGGAAAAGAGUAUUUGGUGGAGUGGUCUAGAAGGAUGACGGGGCGCAGGUCCAUCAUCCCUGUGUCGGUUCUGGUUUCUGGACUAGCCGAAGGUGCGGCUGAAAUGCGUGAGUUAUUGCGACUCGGAGUGAGGUGCACGAACGAUACACCUCAGUCCCGGCCUGAUAUGAAGGAGGUGUUGAAUUCAUUGCUUCGGAUUUCGGCUAGGUCGAAGGGAUUUUAGAUAUGGUAAUGUAAACGUAGAGAUGUCCACAAAUGUCCAUAUAAUGGUUCAACUCUGUCAUCAUUAACAGCUCUGCAGUGAGCCAUGAACCGUCGACAACAACCCGUCCAUCUUUGUGUAAACGUUCCAUCUGCAAUGUGUUAUAAACUCAUCAAAACUAAUUAAAGUUUUAUAAACAGGCCAAAGCGUUGUCUUAAUUUUUA